CUACGUCACCAACCGAUAUAUAUCCCACCCCCCAACCCUUCUCAAAUUUCAUUCUCUUCUCCACCCAAAAAAUAAAAACACAUAUCAUACCAAACUGAAAGCUCUGUGAUAAUUAAACAACAUCAUAUAUGGCUGAAGAAUGCGCUGAGAGUUCGGUGGCAACUUCCUCCUCCGCCGUAGUUGUACCGCCCACCAACUGGUGGGAUCUCCAUCCAAGUACCGCCGCCGCCGCCGUCGGCUCAUCAGCUCUUUCUUCAUGGUGUCUUCAUAACAACAAUAAUACCAAUACUACUACAAGUUCUGGUAAUAUUCCAUGGCAUAAUAUUCAAGCUGCGGCGGCUGCUCCCAACUCCAACUCCGACGAAGAUGUUUCCAUCUCUACUUCUUUCACUAAUGCUUCCAACCACUCCGGCCUCACCGUCGAGUCCUCUCGCCGCCUUAUUGAGCCGGCGGCUUCUUCCAGCGAUGACUUGAUGGCGGACCAGCAAGCCGCUUCGGAUAAUCAUAUUUGGAGUCAAGUUUUGUUAAACGUUGGGAACAAUGGAGAUUUACACAACCACCAAGACGUAGGAGAGAACUUCCUCGAUAUGUUAUCAUCUUCAAAGAGCAAUAAUAUUACAAGUAAUGGGAUGUACGAGCCACCGGCAUGUGACUACUUGAAGAAGCUUGACACUAGUAGUAGUAAGUACUCAAAUACCUGGGAUAAUCAUAAUCACUUCUUAUCGAACAACUUCGAUGAUCAAAAGCCUAUGAUCAACAUCAACGGUAGUAGUAGUACCACUGCUUUCAAUGAAUCCAUGAUCGAGAACGAAAGGUUAACCAACAAGUUAUCAAACCUAAUCAGCACCUGGUCUAUUGCACCACCGGAGCUAGAAAUGAACAUCAAUACAAGCACUGCUACUAACAACAAUCGCCACUACUUCAGUCCCGAUCAAACAUGCAAUAUCUCCUUGAGCUCUUCAAUGGAAGAUAAUCAUCUAAAGCAGACGUUUGGUGAUUCUGGGGCCGGUUUGUUUCCGCCGUGUAACUACCUUCUUCCUAGUUUGAAGCUCGAAAAUGGACACGGUGGCCGCGGUGGUGGUGAGAUCGAAGAAGCACCGUGUCCGGGGGCCGAGGCCGCCGGAGCCUUACUUAGAAGGCCAUAUAUUGGAGCUAUGGGAGGAUACCAAGUUGGCCUUAAUAAUAGCUCCUUCAUGGCCGCCGCGGAUCUUCAUAACGGUAAAUACGGUCAUUAUGGGAUGCCGGCGCCGCCGCUGGUCGACUCUUAUUCUUCAUGCAGCAGUAAUGUUACGGCAACUACUGCUAAAAAUUUCGCUGAUGUUAUAUCUUUUGGUGGCCGAUUAGGCAAGCCCUUGAUGGAUUUGCAUGCUUCUAAUAAUAACAAGACUUGUAUUAACAAGUCUUUGGGUUCGUCUGAUUCGUCUAAGAAGCAAGGGCUUCAGACUUCUACUCCGACAAAAGGCAGUGGAAGAGGGCAGGGGAAUACGAGUUCUGAAGGGAAGAAGAAAAGGUCUGAUAAUAAUCAAGAUACUUCAGAAACAAGCUUGAAAAAAUCAAAACAAGAAAAUUCUACUGCUUCGUCUGCAAAGAUGCAAAUGCCAAAAGUCAAGCUUGGAGAGAGAAUCACGGCUCUUCAGCAGAUCGUCUCCCCUUUUGGAAAGACCGACACAGCAUCAGUGCUAUACGAGGCAAUUCAAUACAUAAAGUUUCUUCAAGAGCAAGUGAAGUUGCUGAGUAAUCCUUACAUGAAAACUAACUCACACAAGGAUCCAUGGGGAAAUUUGGAUAGAAAUAAGGAUCAGAAUCAUAAUCAGAUGAUGAUGAUGAUGAAGCAGCAGGGAGAUGAUGAUGAGCAUGUAAAGGUUGAUCUGAGGAGUAGAGGACUUUGUUUAGUUCCUUUGUCAUGUACGCCUCAAGUUUACCGUGAGAAUACAGGAUCUGACUACUGGACGCCAACCUACCGAGGGUGUUUGUAUAGAUGAAUAAUUCAUUAUUAUUCACUUAUAAUAAAUAACUACUCAUCUCAUCUCAUCUCAUCCCAUCCCAGCCCAUCUUUAUUUACACACAUAUAUAUAUAUAUAUAUAAAUUAUGCCCUUAUUUUCUUUUUGGUUUUUCAUAUAUAUAUUUCCUAGCUCACACUUAUUAUUAUUAUGAUCAGUGAAAACUAGCUAGCUAUAGAGCUAGAUUGUUAAUAAUUAAUUAUCAACUAGUGCUGUCUAAAUGAGGUAUUGUGGAUGCAAAUAAUAGAUCCAUCAGUAUUUGAUAGGCUUUUUCUAUAUAUAUAAAUGCU